CCCAGACACCACAGGUGUGUCUGACUGAGUUAAAUGCUGCCGCCACUGGAAUCUGGUUUUCCUUGGAUUAUUGUGGAUUAGAAUUUACUCAACGGCACGUGUUUCCUCAUCGCUGGCAAUAAUGCAAGGUUUGGAUUCCCCUGAAUCUGGAGGAGUUAUUGGAAGUGGGAUUCAUUCUUAAAAAAAAUUAGGUGUAACAGUUUUAGUUUUUUCGCUGGAAGAAUCAAAUUACUUUAUACGAAACAGAGACUUCUCUGUUAGUGCUUUUACACCCAUAACAGUAUGCAGAUGUCAAUGGGCUGAUCAUGACAGUGAAAAUGAACCAUCAAGGACCAGAUUGUCCUUUAGAGGGCUGGGAUCCCAACGGACGCCGCCUCAGCUACAGAUGCACCAUACUACAGGGCGACUACGUCUGGCUGGAUCUGAAGACUGGUCGGGAGUUUGAAGUUCCCGUUGGAGCUGUGGUGAAGCUCUGUGACUCAGGCCAGAUCCAGGUGGUGGAUGAUGAGGGAAACGAGCACUGGAUCUCCCCCCAGAAUGCCACUAACAUUAAACCGAUGCACCCCACCUCCAUCCACGGGGUGGAGGACAUGAUCCGGCUCGGAGACCUCAACGAGGCUGGAAUCCUCCGCAACCUGCUCAUCAGAUACACAGAAAAACUUAUUUAUACAAACUGUGGUGGGAGGACAUAUACAGGCUCCAUCCUGGUGGCCGUCAAUCCUUACCAGCUGCUGCCCAUCUACGCUGCCGACCAGAUACGACUCUACACCAACAAGAAGAUUGGUGAAAUGCCACCCCACAUCUUUGCGAUUGCUGACAACUGUUACUUCAACAUGCAGAGGAAUAACCGUGACCAGUGCUGCAUUAUCAGCGGAGAGUCUGGCGCAGGAAAAACAGAGAGCACCAAACUGAUCCUGCAGUUCCUGGCAGCCAUCAGCGGUCAACACUCCUGGAUAGAGCAGCAGGUCCUGGAGGCCAACCCCAUACUAGAGGCUUUUGGAAACGCUAAAACUAUCCGCAACGACAACUCUUCUCGUUUUGGGAAAUACAUCGACAUUCAUUUCAACAAAAGAGGAGCUAUAGAGGGAGCCAAGAUAGAACAAUACCUGCUGGAGAAAUCCAGAGUCUGUCGACAGGCUUUCGAUGAGAGAAACUAUCAUGUAUUUUACUGCAUGCUGAAGGGCAUGACUGCAGAUGAGAAAAAGAAGCUCUGCCUGAGCAAAGCCACCGACUACACCUACCUAACUAUGGGUAAAUGUGUUGUUUGUGACGGCAGAGAUGAUUUGAAAGAGUACUCCAACAUUCGCUCUGCAAUGAAGGUGCUGAUGUUCACAGACAAGGAGUACUGGGAGAUUUCUAAACUGCUGGCUGCAAUAUUGCACAUGGGUAACCUGAAGUAUGAAGCUCGCACCUACGACAACCUGGAUGCCUGCGAGGUCGUCCGCAGCGCUCACCUCGCAACUGCUGCUACGCUGCUGGAGGUGGAUGUCAAGGCCUUGAUGAACUGUCUGACCAGCCGAACGCUGAUCACCAGAGGAGAGACCGUGUCAACCCCUCUCAGCAUGGAACAAGCUCUAGAUGUUCGAGAUGCUUUCGUCAAGGGUAUAUAUGGACGAUUGUUUGUGUGGAUCGUGGAGAAGAUCAAUGCGGCCAUCUACAAGCCUCCAUCAUCACAGCCCAAAGCUAUCAGACGCUCCAUCGGACUGUUGGACAUCUUCGGCUUUGAGAAUUUUGCUGUCAACAGCUUUGAGCAGCUGUGCAUCAACUUUGCCAACGAGAACCUGCAGCAGUUCUUCGUCCGUCACGUCUUCAAGCUGGAGCAGGAGGAGUACAACCUGGAACAUAUCAACUGGCAGCAUAUCGAGUUCACCGACAACCAGGAUGCUCUGGACAUGAUCGCCAUCAAACCCAUGAACAUCAUCUCGCUCAUUGACGAGGAGAGCAAGUUUCCCAAGGGCACCGACACCACUAUGCUGAACAAGCUCAACUUUCAGCACAAACUCAACACGUAUUACAUCCCACCAAAGAACAACUACGAGACUCAGUUUGGCAUCCAUCACUUUGCCGGAGUGGUUUAUUAUGAAACAAGAGGUUUCCUGGAGAAAAACAGGGACACUUUGUAUGGCGACAUCAUCCAGCUCGUUCAUUCUUCCAAAAACAAGUUUAUCAAACAAAUCUUCCAGGCUGAUGUUGCUAUGUUUCUGUGUGGUUACGCUCCUGGUGCCACAACUCUUCCUAAGGGGGCAGAGACCAGGAAACGCUCUCCCACUCUCAGCAGUCAGUUUAAGAAAUCUCUGGAGCUGCUGAUGAGAACUCUGAGCGUCUGUCAGCCUUUUUUUGUUCGCUGCAUCAAACCAAAUGAGUACAAGAAACCCAUGCUGUUCGACAGGGAGCUGUGUGUGCGUCAGCUCAGGUACUCUGGGAUGAUGGAGACCAUCCGUAUCCGCCGAGCUGGAUAUCCCAUCCGCUACACCUUCGUGGAGUUUGUGGACCGCUACCGGGUGCUGAUGCCCGGAGUUAAACCGGCGUACAAACAGGAGGACCUGAGAGGAACCUGUCAGAGGAUCGCCGUGGCUGUGCUCGGCAGAGACGAUGACUGGCAGAUGGGAAAAACCAAGAUUUUCCUCAAGGACCAUCACGACAUGCUGCUGGAGAUCGAGAGAGACAAAGCCAUCACAGAUAAGGUCAUCCUCAUCCAGAAGGUGGUGCGAGGUUUCAAGGACAGAUCAAAUUUCUUAAGGAUGAGGAAGUCAGCUAUGUUGAUCCAGAAGACGUGGAGAGGUUACCACUGCAGAAAGAACUAUGGAGCUAUGCGAGCGGGCUUCUCCCGCCUCCAAGCUCUGGUCCGCUCCAGGAAGUUGUGCGCAUCGUAUCACGUGGCCCGUCAGCGCAUCACAGGCUUCCAGGGUUUCUGCCGGGGCUACCUGGUGCGCCGGGCCUUCAGGCACCGGCUGUGGGGCGUCAUCACCGUGCAGGCGUACACCAGAGGCAUGAUCGCCCGCCGGCUGUACAAGAGGCUGAGAGGAGAGUACUGCAGGAGGCUGGAGGCCGAGAAGAUGCGUCUGGCUGAAGAGGCCAGACUGAGGAACCAGAUGUCUGCGAAGAGAGCAAAAGCCGAGGCCGAACGCAAACACCAGGAGCGGCUGGCCCACCUGGCAAGGGAGGAUGCCGAGCGGCAGAAGAAGGAGAAGGAAGAAGCCCGUAGAAAAAAGGAGAUGGUGGAACAGAUGGAGAAAGCCCGGCUGGAGCCCGUCAACCACUCAGACAUGGUGGACAAGAUGUUCGGCUUCCUGGGGACGACGGGUUCCUUACCGGGUCAGGAAGGACAGGCGCCCGCUGGGUUUGAAGACCUGGAGCGCACGCACCACCACAUGGAGGAGGAGGACCUGGACGAGGCUCUUCCUCUGCCUGACGAUGACGAAGAGGAAGACUUAUCAGAGUACAAGUUCGCCAAGUUUGCCGCCACCUACUUCCAGGGCACCACCACACACACUUAUGUCCGCAGACCUCUGAAGCAGCCGCUGCUGUUCCACGACGACGAGGGAAACCAGCUGGCGGCGCUGGCCGUGUGGAUCACGGUGCUGAGGUUCAUGGGGGAUCUGCCGGAGCCCAAGUACCACACAGCCAUCAGCGAUGGAAGCGAGAAGAUUCCGGUCAUGACCAAAAUCUACGAGACGCUGGGAAAGAAGACGUACAAGAGAGAGCUGCAGGCGCUGCAGGGGGAGGGCGAGACACCUCCCUCCGACAGCCACAAGAAAAACAGCGUCCGGCACAAACUGGUGUCCCUCACCCUGAAGAAGAAGUCCAAGAUCACUGAGGAGGUCACCAAACGCCUCAACGACGGCGAGUAUGGUCUCCAAGGCAACAGCAUGCUGGAGGAUCGACCCACAUCAAACCUGGAGAAACUUCACUUCAUCAUCGGCAACGGCAUCCUGAGACCAGCACUGAGAGAUGAGAUCUACUGCCAGAUCUGUAAGCAGCUCACCCAGAACCCGUCCAAGAGUUCCCACGCCCGCGGCUGGAUCCUCAUCUCUCUGUGUGUCGGCUGCUUCGCCCCGUCAGAUAAGUUUGUCAAGUACCUGAGGAACUUCAUCAGCAGCGGGCCUCCGGGUUACGCUCCGUACUGUGAGGAGAGGCUCAGACGGACGUUUGUUAACGGGACCAGAACCCAACCUCCAUCCUGGCUGGAGCUGCAGGCCACCAAGUCCAAGAAGCCCAUCAUGCUGCCGGUGACGUUCAUGGACGGCACCACGAAGACGCUGCUGACGGACUCGGCCACCACGGCCAAGGAACUCUGCCACGCCCUUUCUGACAAGAUCAACCUGCAGGACCGCUUCGGCUUCUCGCUGUACAUCGCUCUGUUUGACAAGGUCUCCUCUUUAGGCAGCGGGAACGAUCACGUGAUGGACGCCGUGUCCCAGUGUGAGCAGUACGCCAAGGAGCAGGGCGCGCAGGAGAGGAACGCCCCCUGGAGGCUGUUCUUCAGGAAGGAGAUCUUCACACCGUGGCACAGCCCCACCGACGACCCGGUGGCCACCAACCUCAUCUACCAGCAAAUCGUCCGGGGCGUCAAGUUUGGAGAAUACCGCUGUGACAGGGACGACCUGGCAGAACUGGCCUCCCAGCAGUAUUACGUGGACUACGGCUCAGAGAUCCUUCUGGAGCGUCUGCUGAGCCUCAUCCCGUCCUACAUCCCAGACAGAGAGAUCAGCACCUCCAGGACCGUGGAGAAAUGGGCUCAUUUAAUCAUGGCUGCACACAAGAAGGGCAUCUACACUCAGAAGAGGUUCGACACGCAGAAGGUGAAGGAGGAAGUGGUGGACUUCGCCCGCCACAAGUGGCCACUGCUCUUCUCUCGUUUCUACGAAGCCUUCAAGUUCUCAGGUCCUAGUCUGCCUAAGAACGACCUGAUUGUCGCGGUCAACUGGACCGGGGUGUAUUUUGUGGACGAGCAGGAGCAGGUCCUGCUGGAGCUCUCCUUCCCAGAAAUCACUGCAGUUUCAAGCAGCAGGGGAGGGAAGCUGCAGAGUCAAAGUUUUAACUUGGCCACCAUCAAAGGAGAAGAGUACACGUUCACCUCCAACAACGCCGAGGACAUCCGGGACCUGGUGGUCACCUUCCUGGAGGGCCUGAGGAGGAGGUCCAAGUUCGUGGUGGCGCUGCAGGACAACCCCAACCCUGCCGGGGAGGAGGCGACGUUCCUGAGCUUUCUGAAGGGAGACCUGAUCGUGCUGGACCAGGACACCGGCGAGCAGGUCCUCAACUCCGGCUGGGCUCAUGGCAUUAAUGAACGAACCAAUCAGAAGGGAGAUUUCCCCGCUGACUGCGUCUACGUCCUGCCCUCCAUAACCCGACCUCAGCAAGACAUCGUCGCUCUGGUAACCAUGACGCCAGACCAGCGGCAGGAGUCGGUCCGUGUGUCUCAGAUCAUCCUGCCGGAGACGGAGGGCAGAUUGAAACCCUACACACUAGAGGAGUUCUCUUAUGACUACUUCAGGCCUCCCCCCAAACACACUCUGAGCAGGGUGAUGGUCACCAAGAAUCGUGGGAAAGAUAAGUUGUGGAGCUGCACCCGAGAGCCGCUCAAGCAGCCGCUGCUGAAGAAGGUGGUGAACCACGAGGAGCUGGCUCAGGAUGCAUGCAUGUCCUUCAUAGCUAUGAUGAAGUACAUGGGCGACUACCCGUCCAAGCGAACGCGCUCGGUCAACGAGUUGACCGAUCAGAUCUUUGAAGGAGCGCUGAAGGCCGAGCCUCUGAAGGACGAGAUCUACUGUCAGAUCAUCAAGCAGCUCACCGACAACCACGUGAAGUACAGCGAGGAGAAGGGCUGGGAGCUGCUGUGGUUGUGCACUGGUCUGUUUCCUCCCAGCAACGUGCUGCUGCCUCACAUCCAGCGUUUCCUGCAGUCUAAGAAACACCACCCUCUGUCUGGAGACUGUAUGCAAAGGCUGCACAAAGCUCUGCGUAAUGGAUCCAGGAAGUAUCCUCCUCAUCUGGUGGAAGUGGAGGCCAUCCAACAUAAAACUACACAAAUCUUCCACAAAGUGUACUUCCCUGACGAUACAGACGAGGCGUUCGAGGUGGAGUCCAGCACUAAGGCCAAGGACUUCUGCCAGAACAUUUCCACCCGGCUGCUGCUCAAGUCUUCCGAAGGCUUCAGCCUCUUUGUGAAGAUCUCAGACAAGGUGAUCAGUGUACCGGAGGGAGACUUCUUCUUCGACUUCGUCAGACAUUUGACAGACUGGAUCAAGAAAUCUCGACCGGCCAAAGAAGGAAUCGUUCCCUCUCUGACUUAUCAGGUGUUCUUCAUGAAGAAGUUGUGGACCAGCACCGUUCCAGGGAAAGACGCAUUUGCUGACUCUAUUUUCCACUAUUACCAGGAGCUGCCUAAAUACCUGCGCGGCUACCACAAGUGUUCCCGAGAAGAGGUCUUCCAGCUCGCAGCGCUCAUCUACCGUGUCAAGUUUGAGGACGACAAAUCUCACUUUCCUACAAUUCCCAAGAUGCUCCGAGAGCUGGUUCCCCAGGACCUCAUCCGCCAGAUGUCCCCAGAUGACUGGAAACGGUCUGUGGUUGCGUACUUCAACAAGCAGGCGGGUAAAUCCAGAGAAGAGGCCAAACUGAUGUUCCUGAAGAUCAUCUACAAGUGGCCCACCUUUGGCUCCGCCUUCUUUGAGGUCAAGCAAACCACAGAACCCAACUUCCCAGAGAUCCUGCUGAUCGCCAUCAACAAGCAUGGCGUCAGUCUCAUCGACCCAAAGAUGAAGGACGUCCUGACCACCCACCCGUUCACCAAGAUCUCCAACUGGAGCAGUGGGAACACCUACUUCCACAUCACCAUCGGAAACCUGGUCAGAGGAAGCAAACUGCUGUGUGAGACGUCGCUGGGCUACAAGAUGGACGACCUGCUGACCUCCUACAUCAGUCAGAUGCUGACCACCAUGAACCGGCAGCGGCCCGGGCGCAGCCACAACAAGUGAACGUCUUACUGGCAGGAGGCGGCCGAGCUCCUCCGCCUGCUGCGCCCCAUCGGCCAGCACUGCAGCUGGGGGCGCACCUUCAGCCACCAGCUGUGGAGGAUGAGCCGCAGUCCUUCUGCUAGUUCGGAGGGGUCAAAACUCAGCCGAGAGAGUUCGGCCACGAGCAGCAGCAGCGACGACCCCGGCGAAGGUCCAAGCACCUGUUACCACGGCAACCCCGAGGAGGACGAGCCGUCCAGUGAAGACGACUACCUCUGACCUCCACGUCUUCAGGAUACUACGUUCAAACACGCUCGCUUAGGAGCGUUCAGUCACAUUUCAAACCAGCCAGGGCGGUUUACUCGUCACCAUGACAACAGCAGCACCGUGUGAACAGGUGCAUCCUCACACGAUGCUCACCUUUAGUCAUGACCUCAACACAAACCCAUGAAAUACUGACAAAACGGACAAACAUAAGGACUACAGUUAGACAGCGGUGUGGCUGAAGAAGCAAGGCUUUACAUUUCUGUCAGUGUUUAUAAAAAAAUAUAUAUAUUAACACCGAAGACCUGGUAACUUGGAGUUAAUUAACAGGUUCUUUAAUUAUUCACAUGACGAGCAUCUUUUAUUUAUUCUUUAUUUCAUUCAUUAAAAGAAAAACAAAACAGUUCAAUAUAAUUACAACAGUCUUUCCUUGAAUCAAAGGGAACAGAACGAAGACUAAUCUUAUUUUAUCUCUCCCUUUUUCGUAAGAAAUCAAGUUUAAAUUAAUGUACUAAUAAUUUAAAAAAAUUACAAAUUACACAAUUAAAAAAAAAAAAAACACUUUCCAAAAAACGUAAACGUAUCUUAAACGUAUCUUAAAUCACAGCUUAGACAUUCCAAUGUGCAGCUUUUAACCCGACGGAGAUGAGGCCGAUUCACAUUGAGCUCCCAUAGUAAACAAGUUCAACUUAACGUAAAAACAGAUCUUAGUUCAGGUUAGAAGAAGCUUUUAGUCCCGAAGAGGAAUCUGAGGUCCUUUACUGAACAUACUAAUGCAAAUCCCAAGAAGUACUUUAGAAGAAUAAAAGUAAAUCCUGCUCUAAGUUGUAACAUUGGUCAUAAAGGAAGAUGUCCAGAUGUCCAAUGUUUUGAUCAGUCGGUGACAGUUUUCCAUUUUCUGCUGCUGAACCAGAUCAUCGAGGGAAAUAUUGAGAAUCUUUAUCUUUUAAAAGAAAUAAAAGUUUUACUUAAGUGUAAUUUACAGAUUUGCCCUUUAAAAUUGUUCAACUCUAUGACAGUAAAGCAGGUAAUAAAAUACAUAUUAAACCACAAAGUGCAACUAAGUCGGCUUUGUAGAAACCCUAAAAAUGUACUAGUGUGUUUUCUCACAAAGUUUUUAUAAAGUUUAUAAAGUAUGAGCAUCAAACUGAAGACAGUCUUGAUCCCUUUGCUCUGAUCUUGAAAUCAAAAAGUCUUUUAUUUUCUUGACUAUAAUGAUGUAAGGCCCAGACAGAAAGCAGGGUCAUCAUGACAACUGUCUCCGACGUAGAUGUCCUUCUUGCCGGUACCUGCUGCACUUUUAUAUCUUUUAAGUAGUUUAAAUGCUUUUUUUUUUUCUUAGUUUGAGUUAGGAAUUUUUUUUCUGGCCUUAACCCGAAAGUGUAACUGAAGAGAUCUAAAGGUGUUUAUUUAAAACCACUGUGACAGUCGGGAACUAAUGUGUUUUUUAAUUUAUAAGGUAACGCUAUAGCCCUUUUAUUAAAAAGUGUAAAAUGAAUGAAGAGUGUUCGGUUCAGCGUCAGCUCCUGUUUGGCCUUGAUCCUAAACUUCUUGCCUUAAUUGACCUUUGUGUUGAGACUACAUUACCCAGAAUUCCCUGUGCUUCAGCAGGUAGUCUCCAGUGGUAAGAAAAUUUUAAUUUUAUUUAUUUAUUUUUCUUUAAAUGGAAGCUUCAGUUUCCUCCCAGUGUUCAUCAGUCAGGAGUGUUCAUGUGUUCACAUACAACUUUUGGUUUUAUGUCCAGCAAAGGUGAUUAAAAGUGAUAAAUGCAGUUUAAAAUCAACAACUAUGUGUUUUGAUACUAUUAUCUGCUCCCAGGUUUAGAUGUUUGUUCACUUUUCACUGACUUUAUCAGCAAAUAAGUGAUCAGGUCCAGAUAAAAAUUAGUCUUAUUUGAAUCAACAUGACUUUAAAUCGGAAAAGAAGUAGUUUCUAAGAAAGAUGCCAUGCUUGAUCCAUCGUCUCCAGUUCAUCAUGACUCACCUGCACGGAUCCAUACGCCACUAAUUAAUGCUCCUAUCCAGGAGUAACUGGAAUAAUAAGCAGGUUAUUUAACUCUUUAACAUAAAAUCAGCUGCAGAGAUUCUCUGCCACAUUAAACCUGACUAAAGUUGUUUUUUUAAACUGUGCCAAUGUAAUCAUGUUUUUUUGGUGUUGCCGUCUUAAAGGUGUGGAUUUUUUUAUUUCCUGUGUGUCCAGGACCCGAAGAUCCUCUCAACUUUGUCUUGUAUCAUCACUUUGGUACAAAUGUUAAAUACAUUUGUUCUGACUUUUCUGAGGUAAAUAACUUUAAAUGUAUUUUACAGCUGGGACUCUCGUCUUGGGCAGCGUUCUGGCGUCCCGUUAUAGUUGUGAUGUGUUUAUAGCAAUGCCCUGAAAUGUACCAUCAUUACUUAAUUAUCAAAUUAUAAUUUACUUCCUGCAGGAUGUUCAGGCGUCGGACUUAUUCAAGCGCUGCAAAACCUUUUCCUUUUCUUUUUGCCUGUUUCUUUUCCCUCUUUCUCAAAAACUCAUGAGGUGUAAGAAAAUCAUGAAUGGAGCAUAGAUUCUUUUGAAUUCAUCACUGCGAGAGAGAAUAAACCAUCCAGCUGCCAUAAACGUACCGCAGACCUUAACCGUCAUAAAAGAUUUUUUUUUUUUUCUGUUUAAACAAACUAAUAAACUAAAUAUUUCAUAUA